UUAGCUCAUUAGCUCGUUAGCUCGCGCCAUGCCUUCGAACCCGAGCCGCUCCAGAGCUAAGGAUCGCGGCAUUAGCACUAGCGUUCUGGGUCGACCCGAGUUUCUGUCCCUGAGCUCGCCUCCGCGGAACCACAGCAGAGCGUGGAGAAGAUCCGGGCCGUGCAGGAGCCAGCAGAACCAGGCGAGCGAGAACACACACACACACACGCCGCCGGAUGAAGACUGUAUGCUCCUCAACCCGUCGCUCAGAGGAAUCGCCGUGAGCUCGCUGCUCGCCGUCGACAUCUGCCUGUCCAAGCGCAUGAGUGUGUGUGUCCAGGCCGGGUCCCCGUGGGCCAGUGUGCGCUCGGGGGUCACCCUGCUGGCGCUGACGGGUCACGGGGUCACAUGGGUCUGCGGGACCCUGGUGUGUCUGAGCCAGAGCCACUCGCCGGCGGGACAGGAGCUGCUCGUCAACCUGCUCAUCGCGCUGCUGCUGGACCUGCUGACCGUGGCCGGCGUGCAGAAGCUGGUCCGGCGUAGAGGCCCAUGGCACUCGAGUCCCGACUCGUUCCCGGCGGGUCAGGCGAGCCGAGCGGCGCUGGUGUCCCGGUUCCUGCUGUCGCACCUGGACCUGGCCGUGCCGCUGCGGGUCCUGCUGGUGCUGUGGGCCGGGCUCUCGGGCCUGUCGCGGGUCCUGCUGGGCCAGAACCACCUGAGUGACGUGUCCUGCGGCUUCGCUCUGGGCUUCCUGCACUCCGGGCUGAUGGAGACGGUGUGGGUCCCGUCCAGCGCCUGUCAGACGCUGCUGUCCAUCGGCACCUUCAGCUGGGCCUCGGCCGGAUAGCGGGACGCACUGGUGCAUGUGUGAC